GCUACUAACAGUCUACUACUAACCCAUUACUAACAGGCUAAUAACAAGCUACUAACAGGCUACUGAGAUUACUACUAACGCUUCUCUUCCUCCUCCCAUGACAGAGCCAGACAUACUGAUGGCGACACCCAGCACGGCGACUCACUUGUCCCAGUCGUCCCGCCGCCGCCGCCGCCGCAGCCUCCAGGACCUGCCCCGCCGCACCAGACGUGUGGCGCCCGGCCCUCAGAGUCUGCCCUCCAUUGAGUCUGAGGAGAAGGCGCUGCCCUGGCUCGGCCUCUCCCCCAUACAGCUCUACUUCCUCCACUGGUCGCAGCGCUACUGUUCUGCCAGCGGGGGGAUGGGCCUGCUGGAGCUGAUGGAGAGUGAACAGCCGCCGGCCAGGAUGAGGGUCAACUUGGUGCUGCAGAACGAGCCACUCUUCAGCCAGGCCUUCAACUGUACCCCUAAGAGUAAGCAGACGCCCUUCGUCCUCGGCUGAAGGGCUUUCCUGCACCACAGCCACGGCACAGGAGGGUGUGGCCGCAGGUCACCAGAAGAGCCGUGCGAAAUUGUAACUGGUGCUGAUAUGAUAGUUUUUUUGUGCUCUGGGUGUGGUCAAGGUCAUGAAGAAGUGCCUCGACCUCACACACACACACACACACACACACACACACACACACAGGAAAAAAAAAAAAAACUAUUGUACCAGCGCCAAUUUGAGUUUCGAUGUGAUAGUUCUUGUUUUUUGUUAUUAGUGUGUUUUUUUGUGUGCCCCGGGUGUGGUCAGGGUCACGAAGAAUUACCUCGAACACACACACACACACACACACACACACACACACACACACACACACACACACACACACACACACACACACACACACACUCCUGCCCGAGGCUCUUCCCUACACCAUCUCUCCGGACACUCUUUGCUGUGACGGUUUUUCUCCCUGCACACCCGUCCUUUACGCCACUCUGAUUUGUUUUGCUUCUGUUUGAUCUGUUUUUUAAUGUUCCUUCUCUCUCUCUCUCUCUCUCUCUCUCUCUCUAUCUUGAUUUCCAGAAAGCGUUUGAUAAAGUCCCACAUCAUAAAUUACUUUAUAAAUUAAAGCAAAUAGGUAUUGACGGUCAAGUAAACCAGUGGAUCGCGAAUUGGUUGAGCAACAGACAACAAAGAGUGGUGAUUGACGGAUUUAACUCAGAGUGGGCGCCGGUCACUAGUGGCGUCCCUCAGGGCUCGGUUCUUGGCCCAGUGGUCUUCAUUAUUUACAUCAAUGACGUGGAUGUUGGACUCAAUAAUCGCAUUAGUAAAUUUGCAGACGACACAAAGAUUGGUAACUCGAUUCUCACUGACGAAGACAGGGAAAGCCUCCAAGAGGAUUUGCACAAAAUUUCAGCUUGGUCGGAUAGAUGGGAGAUGCCCUUUAACGUAGACAAGUGCCAGGUCCUUCAAGUUGGAACAAGAAAUAAGAAGCUCAAUUACGAAAUACGCGGCGUUAAACUCACAGUCGUUCAAUACGUUAAGGACCUGGGGGUCAAAAUCGCGUCAAACCUCAAAUUCUCACAGCAAUGCAUCGAUGCAGCAAAUAAAGCGAACAGAAUGUUGGGCUUCAUUAAAAGAAACUUUUUAUUCAAGAAUAAAGAUGUAAUACUUCCGCUCUACAAUAGUUUAGUCAGACCCCACUUGGAAUAUGCGGUACAGUUUUGGUCUCCUCACCAUGCAAAGGACAUUGCUAAAUUAGAAGGUGUUCAGCGUCGGGCAACAAAAAUGAUCCCUUCCUUGCGCAACAAAUCCUACGAAGAAAGACUUUCCACCCUUAACAUGUUCUCACUUGAGAAACGUCGCCUCCGAGGAAAACUGAUCGAAUGUUUUAAAAUACUUAAUGGUUUUACGAAUGUAGACAGAACAAAAUUGUUUAAGAUCGAUGACACUUUGCGAACGAGGAACAAUGGCAUAAAACUCAAAUGUAGACAAGUAAAUUCAGACUGCACCAAAUUUUCUUCACCAACGUUGUAGUGUGAGAAUGGAAUAAGCUCCCAUCGUCAGUGGUCCAGUGUAACACGAUUGACUCCUUUAAAAACAAGCUCGACCGUUACUUCCUUCAACUUAAUAUUAACUAGAGUAGAAAAGCAACGUUUUGGAGCCAUCUGAUUAAUGUAGAUUCACUUAGGUUUAAGGACAGACCACCUAGUCUGGACCAUGGGGUCUGUGUCGUCUGAUUUUCUAUGUAAUUCUUUGUAAUUCUCUCUCUCUCUCUCUCUCUCUCUCUCUCUCUCUCUCUCUCUCUCUCUCUCUCUCUCUCUCUCUCUCUCUCUCUCUCUCUCUCUCUAAACGCUAUGAACACACCAAUCAUAUUUUCAGAGAUUUAAAACUUCUUAAAGUUCCAGACAUAAUAUAUUUACAGAGCUGCUUGUUUGUAUACAAAUCUUUAAAUUCCUGUGAUAUUGAGCCUGACUACACUAUAAUCACCAACACCACCACUAGAAGACAAUGUAUUUUACGUGUACCGUUAUGUAGAACAACUCACGCCCAACAAAGUGUCAUGUCAAGAGGAGCCAUCAUUUGGAAUAAUUUAUCAGAAGAGUUUUUAAAUUGUAAUAAUAUAAAUGUAUUUAAAUGUAAACUAACAAAAGCAUUGUUUGAUAAGUAUCAAUAAUUCUCAGAAUAUUUCGAAAUGUUAUAUUUUUUCUAUUUUUUUGUGUGAAUUACUUGGAUUUCUUUUGUCCUAACAGUAUGACAAAACUAUACUGUGUUCAGUGUAAAUAAUAGUAUAUGUAGAGAAUAGGUAUGCCUAUGUAUACUUGUAUGUAUUUUAACUAUAAUUUGUGUUGUAUUCAAUCAUGAAAUUCUAUACAUUUUCGGGUGGCCUAACAUAGUCCCUUGCUAUAUUUAUUAUAUGUAAAUAAUUUUCAGGUCCUAUUUAAAGCUUCAGGUUACAUGGACCGAGCCUAUCAACAAUGUUUAUAUUGUAUGAAAUUUCUCAAACCCUAUGGCCAAUAAAGAUAUUAAUAUCAAUCUCUCUCUCUCUCUCUCUCUCUCUCUCUCUCUCUCUCUCUCUCUCUCUCUCUCUCUCA